CAGUAUGAAACCAACUUCACACCGUAUCGCACAACCAAUCGAAACGCACUACGUUUGACAGUGAUUCAAUUGCUGCUCUUAGUCUUUGUAUAUUUAUCCACCUUAUUUUUUCUUUAAAUUAAAAAUCUAAAAUGAUUGUAUCAGUAGAUAAAUUGGUAAUUUUUAUUUGUGCAUUUAUUCAAUGUCUAAAUCUUUCAGUUGCAUCACACGCCACGCAAUUUGUGACAUAUGGCUCAGUUCUUAAAAUAUUGAACACUGAUUAUAAUGUUCGUUUACAUUCACAUGAUGUAAAAUACGGAACAGGAUCUGGCCAACAAUCAAUUACCGGAACCGAAUUGAAAGAGGAUAUCAACAGUCAUUGGACCAUUUUGAAUUUAACAAGCGCAUCUUAUCAACGCGGGCAACCCGUGAAAUGUGGCGAUACUAUUCGUUUACAACAUUUGUCAACCAAAAAGAACCUGCACUCACACCACUUCCAAAGUCCAUUGUCUGGAAAUCAGGAAAUCUCAUGCUAUGGCGAAGACGGUGUUGGAGAUAGCGGGGAUAAUUGGAAAGUCAUUUGCUCUGACGAUGUUUGGAAUCGUUCAAAUUCGGUGAAAUUUCAACACAUCGAUACAGACGCCUAUCUAUCUGUGAGUGGGCGAACAUUUGGCAGACCAAUCAAUGGCCAAAUGGAAAUAGUCGGAGUUACAAAUAGCUACAAAUCAACGGAGUGGAAAGCAGCCGAAGGUAUUUUUGUGCAUCCAAGUCAACAACCACUCAAGAAACACGAUGAACUUUAAAUCUGUCAAGAUUUGAUCAUUUUGGGGCAUUGCUUCAUAUGUACAAACAUAGUUUGCUUACUGAUUUUCCGCAUAUCGAAGCAAACACUUAAAUUUUAGUUAAAUUAUAAUGAAAAGAAUAUUAUAUUAUAUGCAAAUGUCGAGUGUGAUUUGUGAACUUGUAAAUGUAACCAAAAACAAACUGAAAACAUCAUUUGACUCUCAAUACUGAUUUCACAAUGUGCAUGUGAUACAAUAGAAUUUGCGUUCCAUGAAAUAAAAUGAAUAUAAUGAAACAGAGUAAA